AGGGGAUUGGCGGAGAGCGGGAGGGGAGAGAAUGUGACAAGUGCCGGCUCGGGCGGCCGCCGCGGGGAGGCCGCGCGCACCUGUCCCUGCCCGUCUCGCGCCGCCCGCGGCCGCUCGGACGCGCGCACCGCCGCCCCCCGCCCGCCCGAGAGCAGAGCGUGCGCCGAGAACAUGACUUCUGCCUUCAAGCUGGAUUUCCUCCCGGACAUGAUGGUCGAGGGCCGCUUGCUAGUUCCCGACAGAAUUAACGGCACAGCCAACAAGAUGAACGGCGCUUUGGAUCACUCAGACCAACCAGACCCAGAUGCCAUUAAGAUGUUUGUCGGACAGAUCCCCCGGUCCUGGUCGGAAAAGGAGCUGAAAGAACUUUUUGAGCCUUACGGAGCCGUCUACCAGAUCAACGUCCUCCGGGACCGGAGUCAGAACCCUCCCCAGAGUAAAGGUUGUUGUUUCGUAACAUUUUAUACAAGAAAAGCUGCACUUGAGGCCCAGAAUGCACUGCACAAUAUUAAAACUUUACCUGGGAUGCAUCAUCCCAUUCAGAUGAAACCUGCAGAUAGUGAAAAGUCAAAUGCUGUGGAAGACAGAAAAUUGUUCAUAGGAAUGGUUUCGAAGAAAUGUAAUGAGAACGAUAUCAGGGUGAUGUUUUCUCCAUUUGGCCAGAUAGAAGAAUGCCGGAUCCUCCGGGGACCCGACGGGCUGAGUCGAGGCUGUGCGUUUGUCACAUUUUCUACAAGGGCAAUGGCACAGAAUGCAAUCAAAGCCAUGCAUCAGUCUCAGACCAUGGAGGGCUGCUCUUCACCCAUCGUGGUGAAGUUCGCUGACACUCAGAAGGACAAAGAGCAAAGGCGCCUUCAACAGCAGCUCGCCCAGCAGAUGCAACAGCUCAACACUGCCACCUGGGGGAACCUGACAGGUCUGGGCGGCCUCACCCCGCAGUACCUGGCGCUUCUGCAGCAGGCCACCUCCUCCAGCAACCUGGGUGCAUUCAGCGGCAUUCAGCAAAUGGCAGGCAUGAAUGCUUUGCAGUUACAGAACCUGGCGACGCUGGCAGCAGCUGCAGCCGCAGCCCAGACCUCAGCCACCACCACCAAUGCAAACCCUCUCUCCACCACAAGCAGCGCCCUGGGAGCCCUCACCAGUCCCGUGGCUGCUUCAACCCCCAACUCCACCGCUGGUGCGGCCAUGAAUUCUUUGACCUCUCUUGGGACUCUGCAAGGACUAGCGGGAGCCACUGUUGGAUUGAAUAAUAUUAAUGCACUAGCAGUUGCUCAAAUGCUCUCAGGUAUGGCGGCUCUGAAUGGAGGACUUGGCGCCACAGGCUUGACGAAUGGCACAGCGGGCACCAUGGACGCCCUCACCCAGGCCUACUCAGGGAUUCAGCAGUACGCGGCAGCGGCACUGCCCACGCUGUACAGCCAGAGCUUGCUGCAACAGCAGAGCGCUGCAGGCAGCCAGAAGGAAGGUCCAGAGGGUGCAAACCUCUUUAUUUACCACCUUCCACAGGAGUUUGGAGACCAGGACAUUCUGCAGAUGUUCAUGCCUUUUGGAAAUGUUAUCUCUGCUAAAGUCUUCAUUGACAAACAGACCAAUCUGAGCAAGUGCUUUGGUUUUGUUAGCUACGACAAUCCAGUCUCUGCACAAGCUGCUAUCCAGGCUAUGAAUGGCUUUCAGAUUGGCAUGAAACGCUUGAAGGUCCAGCUGAAGCGCUCCAAAAACGACAGCAAACCUUACUGAUCCUAACCCCAGAGGCUCCCUGCUCUUAUUUUAGCUUUCUUAGGACAUCUUCAUGCCCGUUAGUUCACCGUUUGCCUAGCAUGUCCCUGUGGCGUCUCAAAAAAACAGUUUCAUCGUCCCGUCAUUGUUUCUGAUGUCUUUCUGACCUCACAUCAUAUUUGGUUCUCCUACUGACCUUUGAUCUAGUUUGACCUUUGAAAUUUGCAUGUGACCUCAUCUAGCUAUGAAUUCUGGGAAGUCAAUGUGAAAAACAUUGCUGCAUUCAUGCAAGACUGAAAUUUAUUAUUAGACAAAUUAAUUAUAGAAAAACAACCUGUGGCAAAAAUGUUUCUUUCUUAUUUUUUUCUUUCUUUUCAUAAAACAGACUUGAAAGUAUUAUACAGGGAUUGGCAUUCUUCCCGGUCACUGGUAACAAUAGCAAUAUGUGUCCAGGGACACAGAAUGUUGGUUUCUAACAGACUACUUCCAAAAACAGUUUGAGAAAAAAACUGUCUGAUUUUAAGUCUCUAGAGGUCUGUAAUAGUUUUUACAUUUUUCAGGCAGUGUAAAGUUUUUUGAUAAGGCCAUUUUAGGUGGCUCACUUUCUCAUUAAGAUAUAUAUAUAGAACCACUUUUUGUAGAUUAGUAUAAGAAAAAUAUUUACCCUGUUUUGGGGCAAAUGCUACCUAUUUGUGUCACCUUUUGCUGAACUGACUCACAGUUAGACAAUCCAUGGUUUAAUGCACAUGAAAUUACCUAUAUUUUAUACUGUUUCAAUGUACAGGAGAAAGGUUACUGUAAACUGUUACGUUGGUGCUUCUGUGAAUUAAGUUGUGGUUUCAUCAUGAGUCUUACGGUCUUAAUGUUCACUGUUGAUAAGACAAGUUUAGAAUUGGUUUACUUAAAACAAAAAAGAAUUUCAAAAAAAAAAAGUUGUUUGCUUAAAAAAAUUUCAUGUGAGGGAAAAAAAAACCUAUUCCAGAAUAAGUUUUGUGUUGGCUUGUAAAGCAUUGAUGUCAUUUUUUUUUUUAUUAUUGUGGACUAUUUAGAUGUGUUUGUGUUCAGCAAAAUGUGAUUUUUUUUUUCUUUUAAAGAAAAAAAGUGAAAAUAUAUAGUGCCAAAUUCCAAAGGUACUUCCUUCCUAGAGCUUCAGUGUGUUUCUUGUGAGAAGUAAUUUGAUAACAUGGGUAUUUUAUUAUGUGUUUUGUAUAAAUCCCUAAUAUUUAAAAAACAAAAAAAAGAGGUAAAAAGUUUGUUAACUUGCUAUCCUGUGGUCUUGUUGCCUGAAAUUGUUAUUGUUUGUUAUUUCUCUAUGAUGUUUUUUGUAAGACAUUGUAUAAGUGCCCAUGUCUCACUUUUUUAACCACUCUGCACAUCAAUGCUGUGACAGCAACCUCACAAUGUAUUUUCUUCAUAAUAUAUGGAAACCUCUAAGGUGAGAAAGUUUUGAACUUUUAACCCUUUCUACCCAGAGCUAUCUGAAAUGUUGAUAACUUUUAUAUAUAUUGUCAUCAUAUUAGUUUGUUUUGAGACGUUUCUCAUUUGGAACCCCCCCUCCCUGCCCCCACAUCUAUCUUCUAAGUUUUUGUUUUUUUCUACUUUUUUGUCCUUUGACAUCCAAAACAAAAUCUCUGCAAGCUACACCUGAAGGAAAAAACAUAAUUUAGCCCUAAUUUUUUUUCCUACCCUAUUUUUUUUUUCACUUUUAAUCUUUCAGGUCAUUCUUUGUAAAGAAUUCUUAAUAUGCUGCUGGAGUUCUUUCUUCAGUUUUAAUGAAAAACUAUUUACUGGAUGAAACUUCUGAGGGGAUGGUAGAUCAAUCCAGCCUAUAAAUUCCAGUUAAACAACACAAUUUGGAUAGUCUUGACGAUUUUUUGCAUUCACUUCUUAAAAUACUCCUAAAUCAUAUUUCUAAUCAGCCACCGUGCUAGGAUUCCCUGAUCCCUGCAGACACCGCUGAAUAAGCAAGGUGUAUGGGUUUAGAAGCUGAUAAUCCUUUCCCUGCCUUUCUGUUUUUGUUUUUGUUUUUAAUUGCAAACCUUUAAACAGGAUGGACCACAGAAAUAAAAUUCAGUUCUUAACCACAAUUACUGACCAAAUACCACCAGUUCCUGCUGCCACUCUUUAAAGUGCCAUAUUCUUUGACUUUUACUUUAUGUGAACAGAUCUCUUGCUGUCUUGACAAAACCCAACGUCAUUCCCACAACACCAGCCCUGCCUGCUUUCCUGAAAGCAGGCUCUGGAAGCCUGUCUUCACUGCAUUUCAGAAACUGCUGCUUCCCUUUCCUUCUUCCUCUUCCCAUGUGCCACCCUGUUGGUUGAAUGUGCGUUUAGAUUUGGUAGCCCUGGGAUGGAAAGGACUAGCCUCCGAUGCAAAAAAAAAAAAAAAAAAAAAAAA